UGUAGUGAGUUAGUUGCUAUCUAGUGGCUGAUUUAGUAGAAGUGUUGGUACUAGUAGUAUAGCUAAGUAGUAACGUUAGAGUCCUAGUAGUGCUGCUAUAGUUUUGCAGUUCUUUUUUCACCGUUGUUAUUUGUGUAAACAGUAUCACAGUUACGUUAGCUUGGGCCCGUGUUAAUCUAACGAACCCCCUCCACACCAGCAGGGGCGCUGCAGACUUGUAGCUAUGCAAAACUAAACCAGCUUCUCCUCGCCGUCACUUUCAUGCGACUGUCUCCUGCUUUUGUUUCUUCCGCACACGGCAGCAGAGAGUCGCACAACCACACGCCCACUUUUUUCCAGAUACUUUACAAACCAUCUGGCGAGUUGUCCACAGCUGCAUUCGCGCGGUCUAACAUGGCCCAGUCGAGUGAUCUGAAACUCUUCCUGGAGUCUUCUCUGAAUGAGAUAUUUAAAGCCACAGUAAGCGACAUCCUGGACUCGGUGGACCGGACCUUGUCUGAGUACCAGGGCACAAUACACAGGAUCGAAUCGGAAAACGAGGGCCUGAAGCGGCUGCUGUUUGCACAGAAAAGUACCGCGUCUGCUGCAAAAGAUAUUCGUGAACAAGAUGCCACGGAAAAGAUUUCCACUUUAGAAUGGAACAGUCAUCACGUCAGCUCCACCCAGGGCACAUUUAAGAUGUCCAUAUGCAGCAGUGACAAGAAGAGCUUUAGGAGGAAGCAGAAAGACAAGAUUAGGGAGAGCAUAUCCCCUUCCUCCUUUUUACUGCAGACUGAUCAUAUGGUAGAAAAACCAUGUAGGAACACCGCAGAGGUGGGUGUGCCCACCCCAAACUUGAUAUCUGUAAAAACAGAGCCUGGCCUGGAUGAAAGCGGUGCUAUUGACCUCUCCCAGCCUUCAUCCCUUCUCAAUCUGACAAUUAGGCCAAUAAAAAAUGAGAGCACGGAGGUCAGUUGUGACAGUCAUGAUGCAUAUGCACCGGUGCCGCAAUCUACGGGCCUCGAACAAGAAUCCAGAGGCAGUGACAGUGAAGUCAAAGUCACCAUUGUUUCGGACACUUACACGCAGGAUGGACAGUUCAUUAAGACAGAGGAAGAGGAGCAGAAUGGCGUGUUGCAGUAUGGUGACAAUGACAUUUUCUCUAAGCAAGAGUUGGACCAUGCAAUGAGAUAUUACCCUGAAUCAGAAAUAGAUCCUGAGGCAGGGAGCAGACAGGAUGUGGAGCCAGAAGUAAUAGUGCAGGAGAAAAACGCAGCUGUCCCGCCAGAUGGGUUUUUGGAGAUCCGUGACAACUUUUUGCGCUGUCCCACCUGUCCCAAAACAUUUAGUCGAGCAGCCUCGCUCAACAUCCACAUCAAGACACACAGCGCUGAAAAGGCGCACAGCUGCAGCUACUGUGGGAAACGCUUUGGCCGGGCCGAUCUCCUCAAAUCCCACAAGCGUACCCACACAGGAGAAAGACCCUAUAGUUGCAACGUCUGCAGUAAAACAUACGCACAUCCCAGUCAGCUCAGGAUACACAAACGCGUCCACACUGGAGAGAAGCCGUAUUCCUGCUUGCACUGUGGGAAGCGCUUCAACGAGCACAACCAGCUCAAGGUCCACUUGCGGACACAUACGGGGGAGAGGCCAUACAGCUGCCAGGAGUGCAGCAAAACCUUCAGCAAUGCAGGCAACCUGCGUAUACACGAGAGGAUCCACACCGGUGAGAAGCCCUACUGCUGCGCUCAGUGUGGGAAAAGGUUCAACGGCUUGGGUGACCUCAAAACACACUACAGGAUUCACACUGGAGAGAGGCCCUACAGCUGUGAGCUGUGUAAGAAGACCUUCAGCCAGGCGGGCCACCUCACCAUACACAUGCGGAUGCACACGGGAGAAAGGCCGUACAGCUGCAACGAGUGCGGCAAGAAGUUCACAGUGGCCAGCAGCCUGAAACUACACCAGAGGACUCACACUGGAGAGAAGGAGUACAGCUGCUCGUACUGCAGCAAGAGCUUCAGCAGGUCGGGUCACCUGAAGAGACACGAACUGGUCCACACCAAAGAGAAGGUCUUCCUCUGCAGCCAGUGUGGAAAGACCUACACUGACCAGUCCUCCCUUAAAAAGCACCUGAAGAUGCACGCGGCCAAGGAGCAGAAGGCUCAGAGAGAGGGAAGCACCAGCGAGGCGGAAACAAACUGCCCUUCAGCUUCGGAGACACUUUCAGAAAUUAGAACCAAAGUCUUAGAAGAUUAGUAAUAUAAGAGCUGAGAAUGAGUGCUGAUUGGGAUUUUACAAAAUAAGCUUAAAUCAAGAACAACUAACUAGCUUUUACAGAAUCACAUCUUACAGCCUACACAAGCAGGCAUUAUAGCUAUAACUGAGCAUUUAAACGCUUUGUCCCUCAAAUUGGACUACCCAGAUAGUAUUUUAUCAUUUAUUUGACAACUUAAACAGAAGCCACCCACAAUGCAGCCCCCUGCGCUGUUUUAAUGCAGGGCUGUCGUGUGCUGUGGUUAACAGCUCCAAAAAAAGCUGUUAAGUGGAGUUUAGAUUAUUAUUGUCUUAACUGCUGUUCCUGAGUUCAAAACUGUAUGUGUGGUGGUACAGUGCAAUACACUGUUGUCUGGUCUUUGCUGUGAUUUAGUAGGUCCAUGCCUGAUUAAUGCUUUUUAAUCUUGAUUGAUAAACUCUGAUAUUUCUCUUGUCUUUUUUUCUCACAGCACAAUGUAAAGAGGCAGAUAAUGGGAUCCCAAAAGAACAGUUGUUCUUUUAAACAUGAUGUAUGUUACCAAAAUGUUGGUAUUUUUGAAAUUGCUUUAAUGAAAAAGUUCAAUGCAGUGUCUGUCAGAUUGUCAGGAUGAUUUCAACCGACCUGCUAAAGCAAGACACUGAAAUCCAGGUUCAGGUUUCUCAUCUGUUGUUCUGACUUUUGACCGCCUUGAAAGUGAAAUUUCCCCACAGGGGGUCAGUAUAACAAAAAUAAAAUAACAUCAUAAGUGUUUUAGAAUUAGGAUGUUAUACAUGUUGUAGUAGCCAGAGGGUUAGAAAUGUUAAGGUGAAGAUCAUUAAUAUAUUGCUGUAUAUAGCUUUAACUAUACAGUCGGCAAUCCAGUAAACUGACACAAAUGUAUUUGUCUAGUAAUGUUACUGAAAAUAUUGUUCCCACAAAUAAUCAGGCUUUUAAUAGUAGCCUAAAUAAUUGUUUUGCUGAUCUGAGAGAAUGUGGAGCUUCUAGAGGAUCCAUUUUAGGUUGUUCACUGUUGGAAACGCGUCUCUUACCAUGAACUAUGUACAACUAACACACAGUAGUAGGAAAAUGUCUUGUUUAUGAUUAAAGGGCUACUGUUUUUUGUGGCAACUGGUCGAUAUACCUGCACAGCAAUGUAUAUUAAAAUGAGUGUUUGCUACUAGGGCUUUAUUGUGACCUACUUUUGUGUGAUUUGUGUCUAAAUUAAAGAGAAAAGUUAACCAAAA